GUUCAACACUGUAUACCCCAGCACUAACUAAUCAGUGUCCAUCUACUGAGCUCAACCGAAUAACUUAAACGUUAAAACGAAACAUACAUACCCUUAAGACAUAACCCAUCUCCCCUCUACUGCCCCUCUACCCACCAUCAAAAUGUCCUCCUCCUCCGACCCAAUCCUCCGCCUCACCAGCUCCAUCCAGAUCCACGCCCCCCUCGACGCCGUCUGGUCCGCCCUGACCGACACCACCACCUGGGCCGAAUGGAACCGCUUCGUGCCCGCCGUGACGAUCCGCGAGCAGCCCCAACCACCAUCACCUCCACGUCCAAGUCCUACGCCCCCCCCCGCGACAGCAACAAAUCCUCCCACCGACUCCUCCCAAGAACCACCUGCUGCACCAGCAGCAGCAGCAGCAGCAGCUACACUCCAAAAAGGCACCCGCAUGACCUUCCACGUGAACAUGCACCCAGCCGCCGCGUCCACGGCGCCGCAGUCUUUCCGGAAUGUGGAUAACCAUGUGGGUCUGGUGGUUACGGAGUGUUUCCCGCCUGCUUCGCCUUCGUCCCCAAGUGGCCUGGGAGAGGGGGGGGAUGCGGGCACUACAGCUACAGCGACAGCGACAGCAACAGCGACACCUACCACCCGCCACGCAAGAAUCACCUGGGCGAACGACACCACCUUCCAGGGCCGGGUGAUGGCCGCGCUGCUGUCGGCGGAGAGGGUGCACGAGCUUGUGGAGCGGGAGGUCGUGGACGACACCACUGGACGCACGCGCGUGGUGACGGAGGUGACGAAUUGGGAGGUCCAGGAUGGGUACCUGGCGUAUGUGGUCAAGUGGAUGUUUGGGGCCCGGUUGGAGGAGAAUUUCCGGUGCUGGGUGCAGGAUUUGAAGGGGUUUGUGGAGGGGCAGCAGACGCAGAAGGGGGGUGUAGUUGCGUGA